CUCGUGUAAUUGGAUCAAUGGGAAUAAUGCGGAGCCCCAGCAUCUGAUUUCAUCCGAGAAGACUCCUCUCAUACAGGCCUGCUGCUGUUUCUGGAAGAAUCGCUCUGAAUUACUGUUGAUGAUGGGCCUGUUUUCUAAAAACAACCAGUUGAAAGUGUUCCUCCAUGCUCCUGCUUCCUGGUAAAUGUUUAUGGGAGAUAUUAUUUCGCCGUUUGUUAGCUAUGGUAGAAAGGGAAGGUGUCUGAGCGGUGUCAACUUUUCUUCACAUGGCGCUUUUCUCGCUCUGAACGCGGUCUGCGUGUAAAUGCACUGGAGAUAAACCUCUUCACAUCGCACUGGGAGACUCGGAGAGAGUUUGACGACGAGGGACAACGAGUGCACGACUGUUUUCGCCUGAAUAAGAGCAAAACAACGAGGCCACCGAAGAGGCCGUUUUCCUGGGCAAAGCACCUCUAAUUUCUAACAUUCUCCUUUGCUUGUGUUUGACUGACAGCCGCCAUCAUUCUGUGCUGCAAGGGUGACCCCAAAAUGUCUUCCAACGGCGAUCUGCAGGACGCUGGGAGCUGGGACAGCUUCUGGGAGCCUGGGAACUACAGGAGGACGGUUAAACGCAUUGAUGAUGGCUACAAACUAUGCAACGAGCUGGUCGGCUGCUUCCAGGAGCGUGCCAAGAUUGAGAAGGGCUAUUCCCAGCAGCUGAGUGACUGGGCCAGGAAAUGGAGGGGUGUUGUGGAGAAAGGCCCACAGUAUGGGACUCUGGAAAAGGCCUGGCAUGCUUUCAUGAAUGCAGCAGACAGACUGAGUGAGAUCCAUAUGGAACUAAAAGAGAAACUGGCUGAGGAGGACAGCGAAAAGAUUAGAAACUGGCAGAAGGAUGCCUUCCACAAGCAAAUGAUUGGUGGAUUCCGUGAGACCAAAGACGCCGAUGAUGGCUUUCGCAAAGCCCAGAAACCCUGGGUUCGAAAACUGAAGGAUGUGGAGUCUACCAAAAAGAGUUAUCACCAAGCCCGGAAGGAAGAGCGCACGGCAUUGACCCGUGAAACACAUGCCAAGGCUGACCCCACCAAAUCCCCAGAAGAGGUCCGCAAGUUCACAGACCGCCUGGAGAAAUGUACCCAGGAAGCAGAGAAGGCUAAGGAGCGUUAUGAGAGAGCCCUGGAUGAGCUGAAUCGCUGUAACCCACGUUACAUGGAAGACAUGGAGCAAGUGUUUGAAAUCACACAGGAGGCAGAAAAGAAGAGGUUGCGCUUUUUUAAACAAGUGCUGCAGGACUUAAACCAGCACAUGGACCUCCCCAGCAAUGAUGGAUUUCGAGCCCUGUACCGAGACCUCGGCCAGACCAUCAACGCAGCCAAUGACGCAGAGGACCUCAGAUGGUGGAGGAACACCCAUGGGCCAGGCAUGAGCAUGAAUUGGCCACAGUUUGAGGAGUGGUCACCAGAAGCAAACCGAUCCAUCAGUCGAAGAGAUAGAAACAGUCGUUCUGAUGAAGUGGUCACUCUGACUAACAUUGUCUCAGCAGGAGACGAACCCCCGAAGACUCCACAGGAAACUGCGAGGGUGAGUAAAGACUACUCCUCUGACUGGUCUGAUGAAGAGAGCCCCAAAAAAUACAUCGCAGCCAACGGGGUGGACGAGGAGCAGAAGGUAGUCGGGGUUCGUGUUAGAGCGCUUUAUGAAUACACAGGGCAGGAGGCUGAUGAGCUGAGCUUUAAAGCAGGUGAAGAGUUAAUGAAGCUGGGUGAGGAGGACGAGCAGGGCUGGUGUAAAGGACAGCUGGUCAGCGGAGAAAUAGGCCUCUACCCUGCUAACUACGUCCAAGUCAUCACAUCUUGAUCACCCGCUUCGACCUAAAUGAGACCCACACCUUCCCUGUGGCAGCCGUAAGGCCACGUCUACACUGAACCA